UUACCUGAAAAAAGAACAAAAACGUGAAAUAAAGCAAAAUUCCCUCGUGGACUUUGGUUCCCAAUUAUGGGACUGAGAAAUCGUGUCGUAACGCAGUUUGUAUCAUUUUGAUUCAAAAUAGGAUAAACUAGGUAGCAACCGCGAAUUCCCACCAAUUAAUCACUUCUCUUCAUUUCACGAUUCAUUCAAUUUCAGGAUUGUUGCUACGAACGUUUGUGGGUCGAUUCGGAAUCGUUGGUUGAAUUCCGGGGUUGCAGAAUUCCCCUUUUGUUUGGAAUCUAAUGGCCGCGGUUGCGGCUUGCAGGAGGGUGGGGCUAUUGGGAUCCAAUUCGGUGAUUGCCUCAACUGGAUUUCGAGGAGGAGGAGGAGGAGGCUUUGGGGUUUCGAAAUCAUCGUUUCCUUCAAUUUCUGGCUGUAGAAAUUUCUCUGAACUGGUGAAAUCAAAUGGAAAACGCUUGUUUCUAGUUGACACAUUAGCACUUGUUAGGAGACUUGAGGGGCAAGGAGUGCCUUCAAAGCAAGCCGAGGCAAUAACGGCUGCGAUAACUGAAGUGUUGAAUGACAGCCUCGAGAAUGUAUCGCAGUCGUUGGUGUCCAAAGGAGAAAUGCAAAGGACUGAGAUGCUACAAGAAGCCAACCUGUCCAAAUUCAAAGCUGAAGUGCAGAGCUCACAGGGACACCAUUUCUCUCUGCUUCAACAUGAGACAGAGAAGCUUAGGAAUGAUAUUGAGAAGAUGCGCAGUGAAUUGAGGUAUGAGAUAGAUAAAGUCACUGCUGGCCAGCGGUUGGAUUUGAACCUUGAAAGGGGGAGGAUUAGGGAGGAACUGGCCAAUCAGAAUGCUGAAACUAACAACCUGACUAACAAACUUGACAGAGAGAUCCAUGCUCUGAGAGCACAUCUGGAAGCAGCCAAAUAUGAUGUGAUAAAAUACUGCAUAGGAACCCUUGUUUCAAUAUCUGCUGUUGGCCUUGCUGUUCUUCGCAUCUUGAUGUGAUUCAGAUUAACAUUGACAAAAUUGAGGUGGAAAAUAUAACACCCCUUUGGAAGAUUUUGUAUGUUCUAGAAGAGAAACUGUUGUAUUAGAAUUCUGGUGGAGCUUAAGUGGCUCCCAUUAGACACGGAAGGGGCCAUUUUUUUAAGCCCUAUUCUUUCCAUAUUCUUUUUUCAUUCACCUGCCAUUACCUGUGGAAGCUUACAUAGUUUGUUGUACCUGCCUCAUAUAUAAUGAGCAUAUUUACAGACAUUUGAUUAGAAUCUUUUUUUUUUUACUGAUUCAACAGAUGUGGUUGUCAUUCUGAAAAAUUAUGUUCCCCUCUUAAGGAAUGAGAAUACCUUAUUUGUAAGUUACUGAUGAUGUGCAUGUUAUGCUUCUGGCUUGUGCUAGUUGUUUAACCCCAUAUAAACGACUUUGGUUUGGGACC